AUGAUCUGUCUCAUGUCAUUGGUUUGAGAAGAGAAUUGAAGAGAAGAAGAAGAAAGAUGAUGCCGGAACAGUGGGUGUCUCCAUGCGGAAAUCAAUGCACCAACAAAUACUCUGCACUCACCCAAAUUCCAUGGCGAGUUUUCUGCAAGAAGGGGUGCAGUUCAGAGGAAGAGACAUGGGACGAAUGUUUGGAAUAUUGCAAUCUAAUGUGUUACAAGGAUCCUGUACUGAAGGACCAACAGUGGAGUGCUUAUAUUGAUCGUUCCCCUGGUGCUGCUAGUUAUUCAGCGGAAUGUUUUCAUGCUUGUGUAUCUGGUUGCGGUUACAAGUUUGACGUGAAAAAAGAGAAAGUUGAUGAAGUUACUCCUAACGGGCGUCCAAAGCCUGCCCCAGUUGAGAAGCCGAGGCCACAACCCGAAGAACCAAUUGACAUGUCUGAGGACAUCCUUGGUACUUCUGCAUAGUGAAAACUGACAAACAACCUUAGUCUUACAAAACACACACAGAAAACAUGAUAACCAUUCUUUUACAGGCUACAUUUUGUUAGGAAUUCAUUUUUGCAUUCAUCCAUUGUAUCGGUAUGAUUUUAAGGGCAAGUGUGACUGUCAAUGCCUUUCUUUAAUUGAGAUUUCAGAAACUUCAUGUCAUGUGAAAAGAGGGAUAUGAAAAUUUUGGUAGCUGGAUGGAUAACCAUAUGUUUACUGUGUCU